AUGUAUCAACUAAACACGUCCUCGAUCACUACCAUUCAUCUCCUGGGAUUCCAAAGUCCUCAGAUUGUGAAUAAUUUCUUCUUUUCUGUCCUCCUCUUGAUCUAUUGGAUGACGCUGUGUGGAAACCUUCUCAUGAUAGCAUUGGUGACACACAGCAGGGAUCUUCACACCCCCAUGUACUUUUUUCUCACACAACUGUCCAUUGGAGACCUCUUACUGACCACGGAUAUUGUCCCUGUCAUGCUGCAUAAUCUUCUCUAUAACAGCGGGGUCAUCAGCUUUGCCGGUUGUAUAAGUCAGUGUUAUGUAUUCGCCUUCUCAGAGUGUUCGGAAUGUCUUAUCCUCACAGUCAUGUCUUAUGACAGGUAUGUGGCCAUCUGUAAUCCCUUACAUUAUUGUACUAUUAUGAACUCUAACUUUUGCCUCCUGCUGGCCAUGGCAAGUUGGUCGCUGAGUUUUCUAUUGUCGUCAAUUGUAACAGCUUCAAUCUCCAUGUUGGAUUAUUGUCACGCGAACACAAUUGACCAUUUCUUCUGUGACCUACCUCCCAUUCUUGACCUGUCAUGUUCUGACAUCAGUGGAGUCCAGUUGGAAAUUGUGUUACUUACUACCCCGGUGCUCAUCGUCCCUUUCAUAAUAAUUCUAAUGUCCUAUAGUUACAUCCUGUCAGUCAUCCUGAAGAUCCCAUCUGUUAGUGGCAGAAAGAAAGCAUUCCUUACUUGUAGCUCCCACCUCAUUGUGGUCUCUGUAUUUUAUGGCACCUUAUUCGGGGUUUAUGUUCUUCCAAACCAAGGCAAAACUCUGAAGAUAAGAAAAGUGUUAUCAUUGAUGUAUACGGUUGUUACUCCACUUAUGAACCCAAUAGUGUACAGUUUAAGGAAUGAACAUAUUAAUAAAGCAUUUGGAACAGUGGCAAGACGCUUCUUUCAGAAUAAAGACAAAUAA